CAACAACGCAAACCAAAACCCGAAUCCAGAUUCGUUCUCUCUCUCUCUCUCUCUCUCUCUCUCUCUCUCUCCCUCCCUUUUCCGCUUCUCUUUCUCUGCUCAGUGCAAAAAAGAGAAAAAAACUGAUCUUUCUUGGCAGAGAAAGACGAGAUUUGUGAUUUCAUUUAGAUACAGAUACAUAUAGAUAUAGCGGGUAAAGGGGAAUGGCAAAGAAGAAAGCAACCAUGACUCUCAAAGACUUUCAUGGUGGUUCUAUUCCUUCAGAUCUUCCCUUACCUUCUGCUCCUGGCGUAAUGGUUAGGCCAUCAGAUCGUGGUGGUUUUGAUCGCCAGACAUCAUGGGGAAACCCCAUGGGAAGGCCAGAGCACCGUUUACGUCCGGGAUCAGCUGGUGCAACCAGAAACUUUGAUGAGAAGACUCCUUUCUUGAGCCAUAAUGCACCAAUAGGCCGUAAUUUUGAUGAGGAUGAAAGAAAGCCAUUGGAUGGAGCAUCUGGACCUCGUCGAACAGUUAGUGAUGAGAGUAUCCGUGCGUUGCCAAGUCGUGUGGAACCUAAGGCAGAAUACUCUAUCACUGGGAUGGUAGGUAGCGGGCAAGUAUCAGCUCCUCCAUCUCAAAGUUUUAGAGGUGCAGCAAGUGGUACAAAUGUGGCUAGGUUUAAUGAAGCGACUAGUAUGGGAGUGAGUACUAAAAGUUCUGGUAGUGGCAUUGGCAGUGGCAGGAGGGCGAGUUCUCCGAAUGUGUCUGCAAAUAGUGGUCAAGUGGUUACUGGGUCAUAUCCAAAUGCGUGGGGCCUAAGAAAGGAGGUGCCAAGUGCAAAAGAAUCAGUUUCUGCUCCAUGGUCUGCUCCGGAUGCUGAGUCAAAGUUGGCCCAUGCCAGUGCCCUCGAGAAAGUCUCAUCUGGCAGGUGGCAUUCAAAGCAGCAGAUUCAUUCUCAGGUUGAUGUUGAGGUCAUUAAACAUCCAGACACAGAGAAAGAAUUCUAUCAUCACGGAAGUACUAUGGUCUACAAUAAUGUCUCCAACAUGCCAGAUGUCGUGGGAGGACCCGAAUAUAGUGAUCAGGUGCUAGCGGUGCAUGCCGAAAGAAGUCUUGCUCUUGCAGAUGGGGUUCAUGGGUUUAGCAAGGAGUUACCAGCACGGGAGAGGGCCAGGUCCCCUUUAUUUAUGGAGGCAAAUGAGAGAAGAGCUUCUCCUAAUGUUACUGGAUUUCAACGGCCCCAUAAUGUUAUUAGCUCUGGUGGAUAUGAGUUGCAGGCGCCAGCAUCUUCUGAACCAUCCGAGCGGCCCAAAUUGAAGUUGCUACCAAGGUCCAAACCAUUGGAGAGUCUGGAGCAGUCCAUAGAUUAUAAGCAGGUCAACCAGCAGCCUAGUAAUCCUGUUCGUAUUGAAAAAUCGGGCGAUGCAAAUCCCAUCAAAACUGGGUUUGUUGAACCUGAGAGUGGUAAUCUUGCAAUUGAACGCCCAAAGUUGAAUCCGAAGCCUCGGUCGCAGCUUCUUGAACAAUCAGAGGGAAGCACUGAAAAUAAAAGGAAACCAUUAUUUGGUGCUGCUCGUCCACGUGAAAUGGUUCUGAAGGAUCGUGGGAUUGAUGAUGUUACGCCUAAUCAUGAUCUUCAUCAACCUCAUCCAAGGAACAAACUACAUGGUGGCAAAGCAGAGACAGUUAUGCAUGCAACCAGGCAUAGUGAGAAAGUAGCGAGUAUCCCCAUUGACCAUAGGAUGGCAAAGAAUGCAGAUAGGCGAGAUCACAGGACAGAUGUCGAAAAGGGAGAUGGACAGAUGAGGAAUUGGAGAAACGAGAACUGGAGGAACACCAAGGAGAUUGAAAGGCACCACCACCAUCAGCCGCAGCAACAUGCACAGGAGAGGCCGCCCUCACCAGAAACCUGGCGCAAGCCUGUUGAACCACCAAAACCUGCUUCUGUCGAUGCUGCUGGUGUACGAUAUGGAAAAGCAGCCUCUGCAGUCGAGCUUGCUACAGCCUUCUCAAGAUCGGUCUCUGAUCCAGCAACAACGGAUCGUUUUUCUAGCCAGAAAGGCCUUCCUAAUCGGGGUCAAAUCCCUUUUUCUCGGUUGACAGGCCCUCCUCAGAGGCCUCAGAUUAACGGGUACUAAGCAUUGGGAGAUUAUCUAUACAUUAGCAAAUGAAAUGUCAUAUUAUUGCAAUUGCUUAGUUGGAUGCAACAGAGAUUUGUUUGCAGCGGGAAUGCCAAGAUGGAGAUUAUAAUUGUUCUCCGUGCUACAGGCUAGUAACAAAAUAUAUGCUCUUGCUGCUGAAAAUCUAGAACCUGAUUCUUCUCCCUUUAAACCUAACACCUUCAACCUUGGGAAAUCCGUUCCUUUUUCUUUGUUUUUCUUUUCUAUCUUUUUAGUUUGAUAAUAAUCAUCGGGGAUGAUGUUUGUUCCCUUUAUAGAUGAUUUGUUGCUCAGAAUGAAUUUCUGAUUAAAGCCUUGAUGGCAUUAACUAAUGAUGUAUACUUUGGAGGUGUUUUACAUUUCAUGGCUAAUGCCAUCUUUCAUUUGAUUGA